GUCUUUCCUGUUAUCCAGCGCAUUUUCCCUGUUUCUUAUCAGACCACACCUUCGUCCUCCAGGAAGUGACGUCGUUUUGGAGGGGACUCAACAGCACAAACAUGUAUCAUUUGAUCUGAUGCAUUCUGCUGUGUUCUGUGGUGUUCAUCAGUUUAAUAAUAUCAAUGUUUCAAAAGAGGGUUAAAAAUAUGAAAAUGAUCUGGUUGAUGUAGUGUCAGUGACUAAAUUCAGCUCUUUAUUCUGUGUCGCUGUGUGAAUAAUCAAGUUAUAAUGAAUGAAUUUUAGUUUCUGAGCUCAUUCAGAGCCGAUUAAUGAAAGGCUAAAAAUGCACUUCUGCAGAAAACAAAAUUUCGAAAGGUGCCGCAUAACCUAUGAUCGUCGUCAGGAUCCAGUUGAUCGGAGAGUUGGAAAACCCUUGUUUGCUGUCCAGGAUCAGGUCAUCUCGUCAGUGAGAUCUUCAGGCUGUUCUUCAGCUGAUGUGCAGCUCAUCUGCGUCCAGCUGGUGGCGCUGUAAACACUGAGGUUCAUGCAGGUGAGGUGCGGCUCCGCCCCCUCUGCGAGUUGACCAAUGAGCCCGCGGCAGGGGGGCGCCCACGGGCACGUGAACGCGCACAGCUGAUUGUCUCCGGAGGAAUGGAGAUGAAGCGCGUGAAUUCGGCGCGACGAGGAAAGUUUCUUCAGGAUCAGAUGAUGACGGUCACGGUCAUUUCCCGUGAAGUCGUUAAAGAUCUCGUGGUGGAAACAGAAUCUCAGAGCCGACGCUAAGUUUCUGUUUCUGUCAUGAUCAGUCGAUUUGUGUCCAGCGCCGGCCACCUGAAGGUGGACGGCGGCCGCCGGAGUCUGUUUGGCGCGUCGAAGGUGAUUCACGUCACACGGUGCAGAUCUUCAUCGUGUGUCCAGUGCUCUAAAGUCUGCGGUUUCAUCCUCCUCCUCGUCCUCAUCACGGUGUCUUACGUGCUGUCCAGCGAGAGGAAGACUCUGCUUUUCGCUCCGUAUCUGCUGGAGGAGGACCUGAGUGAAGACGCCCUCAGAGACGUGGUGCGCAGCAUCGCAACUAAAGUGAAGUUUAGAGCCAGACGGAUUCCUGACGUCAGCGAGCUGAUCGGCCUCGAGGAACACAUGUUCUCUGUGAUUCCGCAGCACUUUCUGCCGGAGGUUAAAAACCCCUGCUGGUUCGAGGAGCUGCGUGGAAAUGUGAGCGAGGAUCCGUACGGAUCAAACCUGUUCGGCCGCUCCUUCAGACAGAAACAGCAGAUCUUCGAGCAGCUGAGCGGCUCGUUCAGACAGCGAUUAACGUGGCACGAUGGGAAACUCCAGCGGCUGCGCUGUCUGCCCUACUUCUACAUCAUCGGUCAGCCCAAGUGUGGCACGACGGACCUGUACGAGCGCCUGAGGCUUCACCCGGACGUCCGGCUCACGCCGCCCAAAGAGCCGCACUGGUGGACCAGAAAGAGGCUCGGAAUCAUCCGUUCUGGUGAACGUCCACACGCGCGUUUCCCUCUGGAUCAUUACUUGGAUCUGUUUGAUCCGGUGGCCCAUCAGAUACAGCAAAGCCUUCUGGGAAACGGCAGCAGCAGCAUCAUCACCGGUGAGGCCAGCGCUUCCACCAUGUGGGACAACAACGGCUGGAUGUUUUUCCAUGACAACAGCACAUGGGCGGAGCCUCCGUCACUCGUCCAGGACUUCAUUCACGCGCUGCAGCCGGACGCACGAUUCAUCGCCAUCCUCAGAGACCCUGUGGAGAGGCUGUAUUCAGAUUAUUUGUACUUCGGCACGUCUAAUAAAUCAGCGCUGGAUUUCCAUCAGAAGGUCUGCGAGUCUCUGCGGCUGUUCGACGGCUGUCUGCGGGACGCCGGGCUGAGAGCGUGUGUGUACAACGGCACGCUCAACAACAUCAUGAGUGUGCGUCUGCAGGUGGGCCUGUAUGUGGUGUUUCUUCUGGACUGGCUGUCGGUGUUCGGCCGUGAUCAGCUCUUAGUUUUGCGUUUGGAGGAUCACGCAUCAAACCCGACGCUCAGCAUGAGCAGGAUCUUCCGCUUCCUGCGCUUAGGACCGCUGUCCGAUCAGAGACAGAGACAGAUCAGCAAACGUCCCGCGUCAAACACCCGGCGUGCGGCCGACAGGGAUCUGGGGCCGAUGCGGGCGAUCACACGAGAGCUGCUCACGCUGUUUUACGCCCCGUUCAAUCGGAAACUGGCAGAGGUUCUGCAGGACGAGUCGUUCACGUGGGACAGACUCCGAACACGCCUGACGGACUCGUCUGAUCACACACGCCGUGUCAGAUGAGUUUGACCUGUGAGAGCUUGUGUACGACUGACAAUUCACUGGAUCAUGAAGGUUGCUGGAAGUAUUUUUGUAAAUAAUGAAGUAUUUUUAGACCACACAGAGUAAAACAGCCUGUGUUUUGUGUUUGAAUCACUGACACCUGCCGGUCAGACCCGUCCAGUGCUGUUUGCAGAUUGAACUUCUGUCAUCAGAAUUAUGUGAUGGUAUCGUUCGAUUGCUGAGAACGACUUCAGAUCAUAAAACUGGAUUUAAUACAGUUAGAUUAGAUGCAGUUAGUCUGUCGCCCCUGUUUUUGCGAUGUUUCUGGAUCACACAGACAACGUAGAAUCUGUGCAGCAACAAAAAGGGAAAGAUCACCCUAAAAUAAUUUAUAAAAAGCACAAAUUGUGGAUAAAUUGGGACUCAAACAACUUGGGACCCCAUUGACUUUUACUGUAUGGAUCACUGAGGCGUUUCUCAGAACAUCUCAUUUUGUGCUCCAUAGAAUAAUGUCACGCAGGUGUGAAUAGUGUUAUACUCGAGGCCAGCUAAACCAAAACCAAGACCAAAGCAGCACUCCCACAAAUUCAUCUGAAAGAUCCCAUUUACAGGCUGAGAAAUGUAUUUUAUAUUUAAGCAAUAAAUACAAGUAAAAUAAUAAGACGCUGUGUAUAGAGCUUUUACCAGUCCAAUGAAAUCACUACAAACAAAUUUCAUCUUUGCACUGAAAAAUCUGAAUUAGUACAAUUACAACUGCAUAAAUAUUGUUGAGAAUGGGUUUAAUAAAAUGUUGUAUAUUGAAGUAUGAUGGGGAAAUAAACCUUAUAAAUAUGAAACUAAGACCACCAGUAGUAGAUGUUGCUUAAUCAUGUAUAACACAAAAACAAGAUCUCAUGCAAGUACUUUUUUCCAUUACAUCUGGAAUUUUUUGGGCGUUCGUAUUGAUUUUUUUUUGUUUUGGUUUGUUUGUUUGUUUUUUUGACCCCAUUAAAUUCUCAUCUGGCACAACAGUAUCAGAGGAAAUUAAAUGAGAAAAUAAGUUACUGAUUGGAUUUGAAGCAGGAAGUUUUACAUCCAGACACAUUGAUUAUGUUAACAAAUAAUUCAGACAGUGCAUCGGCAAUUUAGCGAUGCAGUUGUGGUCUUAACCAGCCAUGAAAUAAAAUCCAGACCAAGACAAGACCAAGACCUUCAAAAAAUGACCUAAAGGCCAGUCUCAAGUCCUACAACACUAGGUGUGAAUGACAUGAGGGCAAGUAAAUAAUGACAGAAUGAUCAUGUUUGGGUGAACAAUCCUUUAACAGCUCAGAGACCAAA